AUGCAAUUCUCUACCCUUCUCAUUUCAACUGCAGCCCUUCUCCCAUCUGCCCUCGCUUGUUUAAACGUCAACAUAACCUAUACUCUCCAAACCGCCAGCAGCGAAAGCAACAUCUAUGCACAAUUCCUAGACAACGGACGAGUAACCUGCUACUACAACCAACCCAACCCAGCCACCGGAGCUAAGAUAGUUUACGCUCUCAACAACAACCCUAACAAUGUCGCCGUCGUCAACGACACAUAUCAACAAUGUGUAGCAGGAUACUGGGCCACUUUCCAGGUCGAUCUCUCGGAUACUAAGGAUAAGAAGGGCAAUAAUAAGAUUGAGAGUUAUAGCUAUUUGGAUCAACAUGGUCAGGCUCAAUCGUAUACGGGAAUUAGUCUCGGCUCGAGAAUUACAACUGCGGCUGCGGGGAAUAAUCCUGAGGUUUGGACUUGGUUGGCUAAUCCUUUUUGUUAA